UUGAUAGUUGAAGGGAAAAAAAAAACACUUCGCUGAAGAUGAUGAGAUCUGUGUGAGCUGCUCUGCUGUUAGCGCUCGGCUAGUUAGCAUAUACGUUAGCUAGCUGACUAAAGUCUUCUUUGGAUUCCUUUCUCACCUGCAAAUGGACUGAAAAGCAGUAAAGACUCAGGAGACCUCACAGCUUCCUUUUUGUGAAAAGGGCCAUGGCGCAGCAGCCCGGCCCACCUGAGACCACCUGGUGUACAGGUUGUCCCGGGGUGGCUCUGAGUACGGAGGACGACAGCGGAUUGGAGGACGGAGACGAUGUGUGCGGUAAUCACGGCAAAAGCAGCCUGGCUCGGUCCCCGAAUCCUCACGGAGAACAAGAAUGCACCACUAUCUUUGUUGCUUUUAAGGGAAACCUUGAUGACGACGACUUUCAGCAGAAGCUCGACACCAUCUUGAAUGGGAUGCCCCAGAUGAUCUCACUGGGUCCUGAGAGGCUGGCGCCCCAGCGAGUGGAGCCCUGGAACAGCGUGCGAGUCACGUUUAACAUCCCCAGGGAAGCUGCCGAACGCCUCCGCCUCCUCGCACAAAACAACCAACAGCAGCUUCGGGACUUGGGGAUUCUGUCAGUGCAAAUCGAAGGUGAAGGACCCAUCAAUGUUGCAGGUGGGCAAAACCGAGGUCCGGAGGUCAGAGUAAACGGACCCAUCGGAGCACCGGGUCAGAUGAGGAUGGAUGUUGGGUUUCCCAUGCAACAAGGUCCUGGUGGGGUACGGCCAAACAAUCCCCCAAUGGGACCCUCUGGUUCUGUCAUGGCUCCACAGGGUAUGGUGUCAGGGAGUAGUGGACAGAUGCACCCAAGGUUACCAAGGCCAGCAACACAAUCAGAUUCAAUAGACCCUAUGAUGUCUGGACUCGCACUGCAGCAGCAGCAGCUCCAACAUCCACAGGCACCACAUGGUCCAGCCACCCCUAUGGGCCCACAAGGACAUCUCAUGCAGGGCAUGCAAGCAACCCGGCAACUCAAUCCAGCAUCCCUUCAGCAUUUACAGCAACAACAGCAGCAGCAUCAUCAACAACAGCAGGCUCAGUUAGCACAGGGUGGUGCCCGGGUCCCAUUCAACCCUGCAAACCCACUGCCUGUCCCUUUGGGUUGGAGCCAGUUACCUUCUGGUGUUCUUCAGCCACCGCCUGCUCAGGGGCUUCCAACUUGGAGAAAAGCUCCUCCACAAGGUCAGAUGGGACACCGUACUCCUUCUUUGGCAUCUGUACAAACACCAAACCAUCCUCCACCACCGUAUCCCUUUGGCAGCCAGCAGGCAGGGCAGGUUUUUAAUGCCAUGGCUCCGCAGCAGCAGACAGCAGGGCCAAACCAGUUUGCAGCCCCACAGCCUAAGGGUCCCCAAGGAGUUGUAGGUGUUGGUCCGAGGGCACCUAAUCCCUUGCCUCCUGUGUCUGCUUCACAAAGCAACCUCGCUGCCAAGUCCCCUGGAUCUUCAUCUUCCCCGUUUCAUCAGGGUUCACCUGGAACCCCACCUAUUGGACAAGGUCAAGGUCAGCUAUGUCCACGUCCAGCAACUCCACAAGGGCUCCCGCAGGCAGUCGGAUCCCCCGGCAGGGCUCAGCCUGGCUUUAUGGGAAUGCCUCAGCAUGGCCAGAUUCCCCAGGGAGGAAUGGGAGGUAUGCAAAAAAGAAUGCCAAUGCCGUUCCCAAAUACAAGUCAGAACUUUGCACAAGGACAAGUUACUGCAAGUGUGGCAGGAACCCCUAUAGGUGGGACCCUUCAGCUUCAAAGUGGCCAAAACAUGGCACAUACAGGUGCACAACCUUCGGUUUCAACACCAAACCACAUGCAGCCAAAUUCCUUACAGCCUAGUGGAAUUGGCCAUCAUGGUGGAAUGACUUCUCAGACUCCAUCCACCUCCGGUGGUGGUAUGGGACAGCCUCAGUCGGGUCUACAAACUCAGAUAAUGGGCAUGCAGUCACAGAUUCAAAAUCAGCCCGUAGUUUCCUCUCAAGGUCAAGUAGUCCAAGGCCAGACCGGAGGCCAGACUGUCCUGUCUCGGCCCAUGAAUCCAGGACAGCGAGGGAUGACCCCUCCUAAACAAUUAAUGCCUCCACAGGGACAAGGCAUGAUGCAGAACCAGGCCCAGGGGCACCAAGCAUUAGUGAUGCAGCAGCAGCAGCAGCAACAACAGCAGCAGCAGCAACAACAACUGCAGCAGCCACAGCAGCAGCACCCACAUCAGCAACAAGCUCCACAGCAGCAAAAUGCUAUGAUGGAACAGAUGGUAGCCAACCAAAUGCAAGGUAACAAGCAGGCUUUUGGGCCCAAAGGUCAACCAGCUGUUAUGUCGGGUCAGAUGAUGCGAGGCCCAUCACCUAAUUUGCAGGGCAACAUGGUGCAGUUUCAGCCACAGCAACAAAUGACUCCACAGCAGCAGCAGCAAAUGGCUCAGUUGCAACAACAACAGCAGCAGUUACAACAGCAGCAGUUGCAGCAGCAGCUUCAAAUGCAACACCAACAGCCACAACUACAGCAGCAACAGCUGCAUCAGCAGCAAGUGCCACAGCAGUCUCCGCAGAUCCCAGUGAAUGGUAAUCCCAAUCAGCCAUUAGGGAUGCAUGGGCCUCCAAUGCGUCUUCCAAACCAUUUGGUCCAGCAACAGCUUCAACAGCAGCAACUUCAGCAAAAACAGCAACAUCAACAACAACAACAGCAGCAACAACACAUGAUGCAACAGCUACAACAACAGCAACAACAGCUACAGCAACAACAGCUACAGCAGCAACAGCUUCAGCAACAGCAGCAGCAGCUUCAGCAACAGCAGCAGCAGCUUCAGCAACAGCAGCAGCAGCCUGGCCAACAACACCCACAUCAACUUGGAGAUGGCACUGGAGGCACGGGUGAUAUGAGCCAGCAACAGAUGCUUCCUGACAUGCAAAUGCAGCAGCAGCAAGGUAUGAUGGGAGGUCCCCAACACAUGCAGGUGGGCAAUGGACAUUUUCCUGGUCAUGGCAUGCCUUUCAAUCCUCAAUUUGCUGGCCAGAUGCCUAUUGGUGGACAAGCAGCUGGGUUUCCAGGGAAUAAGGACGUGACCUUGACUAGUCCCUUAUUAGUUAACCUCCUUCAGAGUGACAUUUCCGCCAGCCAGUUUGGGCCUGGUGGAAAACAGGGAGCUGGUGGGGUUGGUGCUAACCAGGCCAAACCGAAAAAGAAGAAACCACCUCGUAAGAAGAAACCCAAAGCAGGCGAGGGACAGCAAUCUGUUGAAGGCGUUGGCGGCUUGGAUUCAGUUUCACAGGGAAUGGAUGAUGCAGAUUUGCAAGGCUUAGGUAGUGAUCAAGGAACUGGCACAGAUUCUUCCAACUCAAAGCCCCCUGAAUUUGCUAAUCGUGCAGGCUUCUCUGGACAGCCAGGAGAUCAAAGGGUUUUGCAGCAAAUGCCAAUGCAGUUCAUGGCACAACAGCAACAGCAGAUGCAGCAGCAGCAACAGUUACAACAACAACAAAUGCAUCAGCAGCAAGAACAGCAGCAGCAAAUACAACAACAGCAACAAAUGCAAAAGCAACAGAUGCAUAUGCAGAUUCCAGGUCAAACUGGAACACCACAAGGGUCACAACAAGGACAGCACCAAAUUCAUCCACAUCACUUACAGCUUCAACAGCCGCCGCAACAGCACAUGCAGCAGCAGCAGCAGCAGCAACAACAACCGCUGACGCAACAGCAGCAGCAACUGAUGAUGCUUAAAAUGCAGGAACAAGCAAAGAAUCGGCAUGCCCAAAGGGCUCUUGUUAAUCCUGGUGAUCCUGCACAGAGAAUGCCGGUAGCCCAACAAGUAAACAUGCCAGUAAUGAUCAAUUUACAAGGACAUGGAGGUGUCCCUCCCUCACCAGAAAAAGCCAGAGGCAUGCAGUCAGUAGUAAACCAACAGAUGACUGCUGCAGCUAGAAGAAUGCCUCAUCCAGACAUUGUCCAGGGAACCCCUGGAAUGGGACCAGAGGAAGCAACAGGCACACCUAACUUGCAGGACAGGGUAUCAAUUGAGAUGGCGUCUCAAGCAGGGAAUCCCAGUCAACAAAAUGUCGUCAACCAAGCUCCUAAUUCUCAUCUGAUGAAAACUGUGCCUUCAUCUGUCCAACAGCAACCAGGAGCAAGUCCCCAACAAGCACCAAUGGCUGGCUCUCACAAUCUUCAUUUUCCCAAUACUCCUUCGACUGCCCAAAGUUCCCGCCCUAAGACGCCAAACCGGGCCAGUCCUAGACCAUAUCACCAUCCAUUAACUCCUACCAACCGUCCACCUAGCACUGAGCCUUCAGAGAUAAAUCUCUCUCCUGAGAGAUUAAAUGCAUCAAUUGCUGGUCUCUUUCCCCCAAAGAUUAAUAUCCCUCUACCACCCCGACAGCCUAACUUAACUCGAGGGUUCGAUCAGCAAGGUCUAAACCCCACCACUCUGAAAGCUAUUGGACAGGCUCCACCAAGCCUUGCAUCUCUCACUAACAAUAACACUAGUGGCAAUAGUAGUGUUCAACAGGGUUUUACACAAGCUUGUAAUACUGCAAGUACAGGUACAAAGCAAGAGAAACAGACAGUUGGAGGUCAGACAAAGCGAGCAAGUCCCAGUAACAGUCGACGAUCUAGUCCUGCCUCAAAUAGAAAAGCAGCCGCUCCCAGCCCAGGAAGGCAAAAAUGGAGUAAGAAUGCCUUGCAGUCCAUACCAAGUCAACAACAAAUGACUGGUCCCCAAACUGUAAUGGCCAGCGCUUCAUCAGUCCUCCCAAGUCCCACUGCAUCUGUAUCAUCAGUAGGAACACUAGAUCCCCAGCAAAAUCUAAACCCUCUCCAAGCUCUCCCAAGUAACACGGAUGCAAUGAUCCAGGGGCAGGCACCACAGCCAGAUUCACGUCAGACUUCACAAGUAGAACGAGAUCAGUCAGCUCUUAGAACGGCAAAACAACGCAUGCCAUCACAGGACCCAAAAAUUCAAGAGCCAUCUGAGCAACCACCAGAGGAGAGGCAUCAACCUCAGAAUCCACCACUGCAGGAGCAUGGUUCUUCUGUUUCAGCAUCUUUUAGGGAUGCCCCAACCUCCCUCAAUCAGUUACUAGAUAAUGCAGGCCCCUCAUCCUUGUCCACAAAGCCCCCCAAGGUUACUCUUCCAGUAGGUGGAGAUCGUGCUUUGGUGGAACAAGAGUGUCAGCGUAACCCUAUCCCUAGUGCCCCACAGAGCAGUGAUGGUGGGCUGCCUUUGUCCACUAGUGAAUAUGAACAGAAAUCUAAGGUCGGUUCAAUAGCUAGCCCAAACUUGAUUCAGACUAGCAGUCCAAGCCUUCAGUCGUCCUCUGCUGUAUCCAGUGUUAGCCCAAGUUCUGUUUUGUUUACUAGCUCUGCUUCAAACGUUAGUCUACAUUCCAAUCCUUCUGUUAGUCCAAAUCCCAAUACUAAACCUAUUACAAGCAUGUCCCAAACAAUCUUGCACAGACCAGCAUCAUCAGGGUCCACUCAAGCAAAUCAAAUAACGGUUUUUGUGACCUCCAAUCCAAUUAGUUCCGCUGCUAGCUCAGCAUCUGCAGUGCCUCCAGCCAUUGUCCCAACUAUGCUUGCAGUGCCCACCAAAAGCAUACGACCUCAAGAAGUGCAUCAAUCCUCUCAAAAUCGUCCUCCACAGUUCAUUACACCUGUCAUUUUUCAAGUUCCAUCAAGCACUCAGUCUGUCACUAUGGUAAACUAUGGACAAGUAUCUGCCAAUAUUAAACUCACUCCUUCUGGAGUGUCAGGCACAGCUUCUACUGUGUCUGUCUCUAUGGCAACACAUUCCCCAGUUGUGAGCAUAGCGAGUCAGCCUGGUCGGGCCAUGAUUGGACAAAUCCAAGUGCAAGUUCCUGCAAGUCAGGCUUCUUCUCUACACACAGUCCACCCUUCUCAGCAAGAGAGCACUCCUGACACACCGGCCUCAAAAAUAAGUCCUUUAAGUCAGACAUUAUCUUUACAACCUGGCACGUCUGCGUGUGUUCCCCCAUCUAUUCAACAACCUUUGGCAUCUCCACCUGCCUGCUCAAGCCCAGGGACUACAUCUGUUUCUCGCAGGAGUCCCCUCUCACAAGCAACGACGACUAUUGCAAAGACCAGUCUGGCCCAAAAUGUUCUAAACAAGACUUCCACCCCUCACAGUAGCGACAUCCAUCAGAUGCAACAGCAGACUACAACCCAGUCAGGAAAACCCAUAGAUACUGCAACAUCUCAAGCGGUUACCAGUGCAACACUGUCUAGUUCAAUGCCUUCUCCUAUAGCAGUCUCAUCUGCGCCAGCAUCAACACUAACACCUACAGUUUCUUCUUUUGCACUCAUGCAGAUUCCACCACCAGUUACUUCUUCCACCCCUACACCCAGUCCUUUAGUGAUCACUCCCAGCUUUGCUGUAGUACCACCCUCCAGUUCUGCUUCCAGUUCCUCACCGGUCAUUAGUAUGUCUGCACCAUCUGCUUCUGUCCCACCAGUGACCACCACACCAACCACUGGUCCUACACCAGGGUCAUCUCCACUACUUCCAGCUGUGGAACUGCAACCUUCCACAGUAAUGGGGACAAGCUUGCCUGAGCCAGCAAACACCACUGCACCCAGCGAGAAGGCUUCAAGUCACCAAGGAGAGGCAGUGCCCUCUGUGGCCGAACAGGGAUGGGCAAAGAAAAGAAAGACGCCCAUCGACUUAGCCCAAAGGGAAGCUAGAGGCCACACCGAAAAGGCAAAAGGCCCCAGCCGAAGGAGCUCACGGGCUGAGAAGGACACUGAAGACGACGUGCCUGACAAUGGACAGAGAAAGCGAGCAGCAAGACCAGGGUCGGCUUCUUCCCACCCAGGCAAAGCAGCGGAAUCAAACACUGGAGUGAGUCCCACGCAGGCAAAGCGAAGGAAGUCGAAGUGAUCAUGAAGCUUAACACACCUGUGAAAUGUACAUUUCUCUCUUGAAUCGUUUUAUCUGCUGUUUUUCCUGUAAUCAUUUUGUGUGUGUGUGUGUGUGUGUGUGUGUAGUAGCCAUGUACAGAAAUGUGUUUUUAAAAAGAAAUUAAUGGUUUUGUUCCCUUAUACUAAGUGAUAUCCUAUUUACAACUCUGUGUGUGAGGGUGUGUGUGUGUGUGUGAGAGAGAGAGAAAGACGUGUUCUGUUUUUAUAUAUAUGCUGGAUUAAUCAUGAAGCCUGAUGAUGGAUUGUAUAAUAAUGUUACAAAAAUGAAUUUACAUGUUUUUUUUUUCUUCUCCCUAGACAUGGGUUAGUAAUUGUCAGCGCACUUCUCACCUCCUUGUUACUUGACUACAUUUUUUUUUUUUUUUUUUUAAAUAUGGAAUUUUUUUUUUUUCUUAUUCUUUAUCUUCUGUUCAUUUGGGCAGCUAAUUUUUUUUUUUUUCUGUACCAUCCUCUCUCACACACCUUCCCCAUCCCACAAACAAGAAUCUCAAUCAUAAACCUGAAAUUUAAAAUAAAAGCUUGAUUUGAACAA